UCACCUCUCCCCUAUCCACCCAGCCACUCCUUGCCCCCACUUGUACGCCUCCGCUUAAACCCUAGCAAACGCCCGCCUCCUCUCGCCGCCGCCAAUGGCGAUGCCGGCCGCCCCUUCCUGCCAGGCGCCGCCCACCGGCCUCCCCCUGCUCACCCCACCUCCUGCCGCCCGCACCCUCUCCUUCGCCCGUCGCCUCCGCUCCCAUGGCGCCGCCGCCGCCGCCCCCGUCGCCUCCAAAGGUCACCUGUUUCUUAGUCAACGCCAACCACGAACCUCUAAUCUAGAAGCAGUUGGUGAUGUGACAGCAGUUCCUGAGGAUUAUACAGAAAACAUGCCCUCAAGCAGUGGAUCUACAAAUGUUGCUACGAGUAUUUCAUCACAUGAAGAUAAUCUGGCAGGAAGGGUUGCCAAGACAAACCAGACGUCUAAAGAAAACCAAAAAAUGAUUAAAAUAUCUGACAAGUUAAUUGGUGUAUUUAUGGUCGAUAAGCCUACACCAACAGAUUGGAGAAAGUUAUUGUCUUUUAGCAGGGAAUGGGAUAACAUAAGGCCACAUUUUUUCAAACGCUGUCAGGAAAGAGCAGAUGCAGAAUCAAACCCUGAGAUGAAGCACAAUCUUCUCAGGCUUGCUAGAAAACUGAAAGAGAUAGAUGAAGAUGUACAAAGGCAUAAUGAACUACUUGAAGUAGUAAAAUCUACACCAUCUGAUGAAAUUGGUUCUGUUAUUGCUAAGCGCCAUAAAGAUUUCACGGUGGAAUUUUUCAACCACCUUUAUUAUGUUGCAGAGUCUUAUCAUGAUGACCCUGAAAAACAAAGAGAAUUGGCACAACUUGGAAAUGAUUGUGUAGAUGCUCUACAAGCUCAUGAUGACACAUCUGGGAGUCUUGAAGCUCUGAGUGCUGCUGAAUUAAAGUUGAAAGAUAUACUGAAUUCACCUUCCGUGGAUGCUGCAUGCAGAAAGAUAGAUGACUUAGCUGAGAAAAAGGAAUUGGAUUCUGCGUUAGUCUUAAUGCUUUCAAAAGCUUGGUCAGCUGCAAAGGGUACUGACAUCACAAAAUCUGAGGCUAAAGAUAUAAUGUUUCAUCUAUACAUGACUGCAGUAGCCAAUCUCCAGAGACAAAUGCCAAAGGAUAUCAGAAUACUAAAGCAUCUUAUAAUGAUUGAGGAUCCAGAAGAACGCUUGAGUGCAUUGAAUGACGCAUUUACUCCUGGGCCUGAACUUCAGGGGGAUAAUGUUGAUACAUUAUACACGAGUCCAGAGGUAUUACACACUUGGGCCAGUGCUAUUGUUGAUGCAUAUUAUAACAGCAGAGAAGGCACUCUCCUUAGGCAAGCAAGGGACUUGAUGAACCCUAAAAUCAUCAAAAGAAUUGAGGAGAUACUAAAAUUAAUCAAGGAUAAAUACCUCUGACUCUUUAAGAAAAUGGGGGUUUCACAUUCAUACUUUCCUAGUGAUUAGGCAGUAUAAUUAAAGAAAUUGGAUGGCCUUGCAUACUCUGCUUUCUGCGCAGCAUCCUGCUCAUCGUUCCAAUCGGAUUCUCCAUUGCUGCUUGAAAUGGACAAUGGUUAUACUUGACUGAUUAAAUGCAGAUUGAUGUAGCUUUGUAUGGUGUAAAAGUGAUUGUAGCAUGUGAUAUAUCAAUGCAAUUUUCAGUUAGAAGUCUUGCCUUCCUUUCUUUUUGCACUUAUAUGCUUACUGGUUAACAGGGUUGUAACUCUCUGAUAAAUAUAGAUUUUUUUCCCUCUAAAGUUGUAUGUAUGUCUCCAAGAUCCUUGUGAUGAGUUAGUUAAUGAUUCAACUCGAAUAAUUGUACAGAUCCUUCUGAUCUACCACAUAUUUACUUAAUGGUAUGGAAAGGUUUGUUAUAA